AUGGCAGGGCGCACCCACACGGUCGUGGAUAGCAGCGAUGGCAGCGAUGGCAGCGAUGGGAGUGCUAGUAGUGAUGGGAAUGUUGGGAGUGCGAGUGCAAGCACAGGGGGCGGUGACGCGAUGAGCAGGCAGAGCAGCAUGAGUGAGGCGCACAGCGGCCUGCUCGCCCCCCUCUCGCCCUCCACGCCCACCACGCCCAGCCCCAGCCCAAGUCCGAGUAGUGUGUUUUGGGGAAGCAGCAGGGCGAGAGCGCGUGGGGUCACGGGUGAGGGGAAGGGCAGUGGCGCGGUGGUGCAGGGCAGGGAAGGACCAGAAGCACAUGGGGCUGAUGUGCUCAUGGCAGCACCAUCGCUGGCACAUGCUGCUGGGGCAGUGGCAGCAGGUCGUGCUGACGGGGAUGGCAGCGGGGCAAGGGGGGGUGGCAAGGAGAUAUUUGUGGUGUCGGACGGCACGGCGUGGGCGGCAGACAGGGCGGUGGGGGCGGCAGUGGGGCUGCUGAACUGCGGGGUGGGAGACGGCCGAUGCUCCGUGCACACCAGGCUCUAUUCGCAGGGGGGCAAAUGCGCUGAUGUGCGAGCCAGGGGACGUGGCAGUGGGGCGGCUGGCAUGUGCAGGUGGAUAAACUGGCCUGCUCUCCUCUUUCCUCCCUCUCGCCCCACCCCUCAGGUCACAGACACGGCGUCUCUCCUCGCUAUCAUCCACAUGGCUGCAUCAAGCGGUGCACUCCUCGUGCACUCGCUCGCCGACCCUGCUCUGCGCCACACCGCCACGCACACAGCAGCGGCGCUGCACGUGGCAGCAGUGGACCUACUGGGGCCGCUGCUGACGGCUGUGGGGGAGCAUAUGGGCGUGGAUGCAGUGGGUACGGGGCAAGGCGCAGGGGGCAAGCGUGUGGGGGAGCUGGGCGAGGAGUAUUUCCGGCGCAUCGAGGCGGUGGAGUUCACCAUCCGGUGUGUCUCGCUCGCCCCCCCUGCUUGCUUGCUGCUUGCUGCUCCCCUGUGCUUCCUCCUGUGUGUCUCGCUCUCUACCGUGUCUGCACCUGCUGUGCCACGUCUCACAGCAAAUCAUCAGCACCUCCCGUGCAGUGUAGUGCAGGGCAGGCACCUUGGCAGUGUGCAAGCCAAGGCGCUGCAGCUGCUGUUGUGCGCCUCUGCUCUUACCACUCACUGCACUCGCCUCCCUGUGUGUGCGCCUCUGCUCCCCUGUGUGUGCGCCUCUGCUCCCCUGUGUGUGCGCCUCUGCUCCCCUGUGUGUGCGCCUCUGCUCCCCUGUGUGUGCGCCUCUGCUCCCCUGUGUGUGCGCCUCUGCUCCCCUGUGUGUGCGCCUCUGCUCCCCUGUGUGUGCGCCUCUGCUCCCCUGUGUGUGCGCCUCUGCUCCCCUGUGUGUGCGCCUCUGCUCCCCUGUGUGUGCGCCUCUGCUCCCCUGUGUGUGCGCCUCUGCUCCCCUGUGUGUGCGCCUCUGCUCCCCUGUGUGUGCGCCUCUGCUCCCCUGCAGGACGAUGGAGCCCUGCCGCGGAACCUGGGGCAGGCGGACAUCAUUCUCGUGGGCGUGUCCCGCACCGGCAAGACCCCGCUCUCCAUGCACCUUGCGCACAUGGGCUAUAAGGUGGCGAAUGUGCCGCUGGUGCCGGGGGUGGCGCCACCAGCAGAGCUGCUGCAGGCAGACCACGUGGACCAGCGCCGCGUCUUCGCCCUCACCAUCGCCGCUCCCACUCUCGCCGCCAUCCGCUGCACACGCUACCAGCGCCUGGGCUUGCUGCCGCAGCAGCCGCACCGCGGCGCAGGGAGGGAGAGGUCCGCGUGGGGAAGAGGGGAGAGGGGGGCGGCGUAUGGAGAGGGCAUGGGAGGGGGAGGGAGGUACUGCAGUGCGGAGCAUGUGAGGGGCGAGCUGGAGGCGGCUGAUGACCUCUUUUCCCUGCACCCCCUCUGGCCCCUCAUUGGUAUGCUCCACCCCAUGCUGCUUGUAGGCCGCAACACUCCUUAUGCUCUUAUCUCUCGCCGCAUUCUUCUCUGCGGAUAG